GAAAAGAACAAUCGCGAAAGGAAAAAAAAGUGUCUUUCUCUUAGAAAUUAAAAUAAUAAAUUUAUUUACGAGCGUUCCAAAUUACUAACAAAAUGAGUGAAGAGUUUAAAUUGCCAAAGCGCUCCCGUAAGCGAACUCGUGAAGUUAAGCGUAAGGCACGACCCGAAUUGGAUAAGGAAGGUUGGACAUCAUUGUGCUACGCUGAACGCUUUGAGCCAUUCUGUAAAGUGGAAGACAAUGCCGAACGCAUUAAGGAAGAGGAAGUCAGCUGUGAAGAAUUUAUAAAACGUUAUGAACAGCCUUACUUGCCGGCAGUUAUUGAAGGUUGUCAAGAAGGUUGGCAGGCUUUGGAUAAGUGGACAAUGCCACGGUUGGCGAAAAAGUAUCGUAACCAGAAAUUCAAAUGCGGCGAAGACAAUGAGGGCUAUAGUGUAAAAAUGAAAAUGAAGUAUUAUAUUGAAUAUAUGCAAACGACACGUGACGAUAGUCCACUGUAUAUAUUUGAUAGCAGCUUUGGCGAACAUCAUCGUCGCCGGAAAUUGCUAGAGGAUUACGUAGUACCGAAAUACUUUCGCGACGACUUAUUUAAGUAUUGUGGCGAAGAUCGUAGGCCACCAUAUCGUUGGUUUGUGAUGGGACCGUCUAGAUCUGGAACUGGCAUACAUAUAGAUCCCUUAGGCACUAGUGCUUGGAAUGCGUUAAUACGUGGUCAUAAGCGAUGGUGUUUAUUUCCCACGCAAACGCCGAAAGAAUUAUUAAAAGUAUCGUCUACGUUAGGUGGGAAGCAAAAAGAUGAAGCUAUUACAUGGUUUAGCACUACAUAUCCACGUACUAGAAAACCGGACUGGCCAAAUGAAUAUAAACCAAUUGAAAUUCUACAGAAACCUGGUGAAACGGUAUUUGUACCUGGCGGUUGGUGGCACGUCGUUCUAAAUUUGGACGACACCAUUGCUAUAACGCAGAACUUUUGUAGUCGCACCAAUUUUCCCGUAGUUUGGCAUAAAACUGUACGAGGUCGGCCAAAAUUGUCACGCAAAUGGUUACGUGUGCUACAUGAAAAGGAACCAGAAUUAGCAAAAAUUGCGGAUAGUAUUAAUAUUGAUCAGAGCACGGGCUUUGCGUCAGAUAGUUCGAGUAAUUCUAGUUCGUCUUCUUCUAGUUCAUCAUCAUCGGGCAGCGAAAGUGAGCCGGGCGAUAAUAACAAUGAUAAUGAUUCGUGUUCAUCUAACACUGACAGUGGUCAAGAGAGUCUUACAGCCAAAAAGAAAAAGAAACGUCGCAUGGAUGGAGCUAUGAGUUCACGUUCAUGAUGGUCUCUCUGUCAACAUACCCAUAAAAGAGGAAAUCAUUUAAAUGGCAGCGAUAUUUGGAAUAGAGGAAAAUGGAUCAAAGACAAAUUUCUAAACAAGUUCCUUUGGUGUUGGCACCUCAAACACAGAAGUUAACAUUCUAUAAAUUGGUAUAUGUACGGAUAUGUAGUGCCUAAACGCAUAACUGCCUAAACGACCUGAUCCCACCAGCCUUUGUUCGAUAUUCAUUACUCAUCAUGCAUCUUACAGAUACUAUCUACGAGCGCUACUACUACUACUACUACUCUAAUUAGUAAAUGUUCUCUUCUCUUCUCUUUGCAAUUCUCUUAUUUUAAAGUUUAAAAAAAAGUGCUUAACCGACCAAUCCAUCGCUAAUAUCUGCUGACUUAGUUAAACUUGUUCUAAAAUUAUUAAAAGAAAAAAAUAGUUUUUUUCA